AUGGCCAAGGCGUCGCGUCCCUGCCGGGGAAGAUUUUGUCGCGUCCCACCACGCAGGCUGCCGACGUUCGGCAGCGUCGAGGACGCGCCGGCGGGGUAUGAGAAGAACCCUGAGGCCAUCGAGCUUGCCCGGUUCGCCGUCUCCGAGCACAACACCAAGGCCAACACGGCGCUGGAGUUCGAGAGGGUGGUGAAGGCGAGGGGACAGUUGGUGGCCGGGACCUUGCACUACUUUACCAUCGAAGUCAACCAAGCCGGCGCCAAGAAGCUUUACGAGGCCAAGGUCUGGGUAAAGGAGUGGGAGAGCUUCAAGGAGCUCCAGGAAUUCAAGCCGGCCGAUUAAGAUUAAUAAUAUGUUAGCUCAAUCUUGUGGUAGGAAUCUACCCAACAUGUCAGUGUCUGAUUGGCUAUGUUAGCUCAAUCUUGUGGUAGGAAUCUACCCAAGGUCUUACGACAAAUAAA